GAGGUGCGCGCUCUCGGCCGCUCGCUCUCGCGGUGUUUUUAUGUGGGGGACGCCCGGCGGGUGUAUGAGGCGCCCGGGGUGACGGGCGGGAGCUCAGCCUGGGCCUCGGCAUGUCUAACCCCGGGAUACGGAGGGCCGGUUCUAGCGUCAGGGUGCGGCUCACAGGACAGUUUAUGAAGAAUCUGGCCCAGGAAGGCCCCUGAGCUGUUUUAUGGAGGAGCCGGCUCCAUAUUCAGAUGGGACGGGAGCGGCUGGAGGAGGAAACUGCAGGUCUGCGGAAUCUCCAGACCAGGAACAACGACUCCAAGCACAGAGACUAAGGUCUCCAGAGGUCCGGGGUCAUGUCCAGACACCACAGAACAGGCCACAUGGCUACCAGUCGCCAGACUUGCCUGAAGGCUACGAACAAAGGACCACAGUUCAGGGCCAGGUCUACUUCCUGCACACACAGACUGGCGUUAGCACGUGGCACGACCCAAGAAUACCCAGAGACCUUAACAGUGUGAAUUGUGACGACCUCGGACCUCUGCCUACAGGGUGGGAAGUCCGGAGCACAGUGUCGGGAAGAAUAUAUUUUGUAGAUCACAAUAACCGAACGACACAAUUUACAGACCCCAGAUUACAUCACAUCAUGACCCACCAUUCCCAGCUGAAGGAGCCCAGCCAGUCAUUACCUGUGCAGAGUGAUGGGUCUGUGGAAGAUGGUGAGGAGUUGCCUGCUCAGAGAUACGAGAGGGACUUGGUGCAGAAACUGAAAGUUCUAAGACAUGAGUUGUCUCUACAGCAGCCCCAGGCUGGUCACUGCCGUGUGGAAGUGUCUCGCGAGGAGAUCUUUGAGGAGUCUUAUCGCCAGAUCAUGAAGAUGCGACCAAAAGAUUUGAAGAAGCGUCUGAUGGUGAAGUUCCGAGGAGAGGAAGGAUUAGACUACGGUGGUGUAGCCAGGGAGUGGCUAUAUUUGCUGUGCCAUGAAAUGUUGAAUCCUUAUUAUGGACUUUUCCAGUAUUCCACCGACAAUAUUUAUACGCUACAAAUUAAUCCUGAUUCGUCUAUUAACCCAGAUCACCUGUCUUACUUCCACUUUGUGGGUCGGAUCAUGGGAUUGGCAGUUUUCCACGGACACUACAUCAACGGGGGAUUCACAGUCCCAUUCUACAAGCAGCUCCUGGGCAAACCCAUUCAGCUGUCCGACCUUGAGUCUGUGGACCCAGAAUUGCACAAGAGUUUGGUGUGGAUUCUUGAGAAUGAUAUCACUCCAGUAUUAGACCACACCUUCUGUGUAGAACACAACGCAUUUGGUCGAAUCCUUCAACAUGAGCUGAAACCAAAUGGCAGGAAUGUGCCAGUGACAGAAGAGAACAAAAAGGAGUAUGUGAGGUUGUACGUUAACUGGAGGUUUAUGAGAGGAAUUGAGGCUCAGUUUUUGGCUCUGCAGAAGGGUUUUAAUGAGCUGAUACCACAGCACCUCCUGAAGCCUUUUGAACACAAAGAGUUAGAGCUCAUUAUCGGUGGCCUAGACAAGAUAGACCUCAGUGACUGGAAAGCGAACACCCGGCUGAAGCAUUGCCUGGCGGACAGCAAUAUCGUCCAAUGGUUCUGGCAGGCUGUGGAAUCGUUUGACGAGGAGAGAAGAGCACGGCUGCUGCAGUUUGUCACUGGUUCUACACGUGUGCCUCUCCAGGGCUUCAAGGCCCUGCAAGGCUCUACAGGCGCUGCUGGGCCUAGACUCUUCACUAUACAUCUGAUUGAUGCCAACACAGACAACCUUCCCAAAGCUCAUACCUGCUUCAACAGGAUCGACAUCCCUCCUUACGAGUCCUACGACAAACUGUAUGAGAAGCUUUUAACAGCUGUAGAGGAGACAUGUGGGUUUGCAGUGGAAUGAAGAUUCAACCAAAGGAAAUGCAAGCUCACACAGCCUGAUCAAACUUGCAGACCUGCCUGAGUGGAUGACCCUCCUGCACACGUCACCAGACGCGCUUAUUUUCAUUGCAUUGCUCCCGGGAAGGAUCUCCCAUGGCAGUUCUACCCAUCGUCACUAUGUUUGGAUCAGAUAUUUUCCUUACAUUCCUGAAGUAUUAUUCACCUGACUGUUCUAUGCCAACCAUCUGUGGCCUGUGGAUUUUACACUUGUAGACAAACUUGAAAGGACGCCCAGUGGACAUGUGUGGCUAUGAAAGCUGUGACUGGAGCCGCACACAGCGAUCUGGUCGCAGUUGGUUUUCAUCCAGUGAUCUGUACCGUUUCAGUUCAUUGUUCUUUGGCCAUAAGCAGAACUUUUGGUCAUUCCAGUGCCGGGAGUGGCACGUUUGCAGCUGAUGCUCUGCAGUUUGGGAUGGGAGGGGAUUAUGGAUCAUGUCAAGCGGAUUCAGUGAAUAUUUUGCACAUUACGGACAGGUCUAUUGAGCUAAAAAAUCCGUUUUAGCAGCUGCUUGAAAAGUUAGAUAUUAAAAUUUAAUUGUUUUUGGGUUUAGAGAAUAUUUAGAGCUGGGGUAAAUUGUCAAGAUAUUUCAAUAAGAUGAGCAUUCUGUGCCAAGCGCUGAUUUUGUUGUGGGCAGGGCUAGCGUUUAAUGCAGUUACUUGGUGAUAGACCGGCAGGGAGUUGGUGUCGCUCCACAUUCAGGUUAUAUGGGGUUGCGGCUUGUCAGUUGCGCUUUAGGUUGCUAUGGCAAAGAAAUGACUCUACUGGUUCUAUUUAGUCUAAUACACUAGACUCUGACCAAUCUGCAUUACUGGCACAGGUGGUGUAUUAACCAUUGUAUCAGUAACUUAGAUACAGGAAUGUCCUGUGUCAGUGUCUUGGCUGUCUAGAGCAGGAAUCUUUUUGGAUGGUUUCAUGCUCUUCAGUGCUCCUGUUCAUCUGCUGCUCCCUGCCUACAGUUUGACACUGAAUGGGUUCAUGCCCCUAGAUUAAGACCCUGUUAUAUUUUCAAAUUAUCUAUCUAUACACGCUUAUUCUAGGUCACCAAAUGUUCUUCCUAAGUGACUCAAAAGCAGAAGAAUUCUGUCUGAUAAAAAUCCCUGUGGUUCUUGGGCAGAAUAGCUCUUGGUUUACAUUAAACUACACGAGCGGAGGGUUUGUAGGUAGAGGAGACCUUGCUUAAUUUAGGCAGCAGGGAGGUAUAUCGGGCCCUUGUUCUCCAUGUUUAACCCAUUCAGUUUUAAAGGCAGGAAGCUCCACAGCAGAAUCCUGACAGAGGCAUCUCAGAUGCAUAAAUCUGCUUUAUGUAAACCACACAUCACAGAGAAAUUGUGCUAGGUUUUAUUUAUUGAUCAUACUAAAUUGUAGGUGUAGGACGUAUGUUCACCCCAGAGACAGAACCUCUGAAUAUCAGAUCCUGUAUUGCAGAUAUGGCAGUGUAGCUUUAUUGCCCCAGUGUGCCCUGUAAUUAAAUGGGGAAGCUGAAGGAGACUGGAUGGCCGGAGGCUAAUAUCCCUGGGAGCGUGGGAAGUGCAGGUGGUUCAGGGGUUAGUAGGCCUGCGGUAGAUGCGUCUAGUCAGGUUCUGAGGGACCAUAUAUGUGUGGUGCAGCUUUGUGACCUAUAAAUCUGGGUAGGAAUGACAUUUUGAAGGUUGCCUGGUUCCUGAGCGCUUGUUCUCUAUAAAUGGAUGUAGACACUCUACAUAAGUCAGGAUCUAUAUGUUUACCUAGGGAGAUGAUAAAUAAUAUUUGUGUCUAAGAGGGUGACUGCUUAUUCUGUGUGUGUUUAUAAGAUCUGUGAGGGGUGUGCAGAGUCUGUAAGGCACAAAUCUGACUGGUCAUUAGUUCAUCUAUAGAUGCUGUGGGUAGAGUGCAGUUUGCCUCACCUGGCUAUGUCUGAAGCAUGGGGUGUAGAGGAUGGUAGAGUGAUAAGGGUACUGUUGUGUGCAACUGAUUGAAGACUUGUUGGGCACUUGUGUGUGUGUAGCUGGUUGAAGGAUAUUCAGGCAGUGGCUUAUCUGUUCACGUGAGGAUGAUGAGCCAGGUCAUUGGGUGGUAUGGGCACAAGCUUGUGAGGCUGUUUUUGGUUGAGCACAGUGAGGAGGGUACAAGCUUGUGUGACUGGGCAUGAGUGGGGCGUAUACUGGCUUGUGUAGCCAAUUGUAGAGUGAGAUGGGCACAAGCUUGUGUGACUGGGCAUGAGUGGGGUUUGCUUGUGUAGCUAAUUGCAGAGUGAGGUGGGCACAAGCUUGUGUGACUGGACAUGAGAGGGGCAUACACUGGCUUGUGUAGCUAUUUGCAGAGGGAGGUGGGCACAAGCUUGUGUGACUGGGCAUGAGUGAGGUUUAUACUGGCUUGUGUAGCUAAUUGCAGAGGGAGGUGGGCACAAGCUUGUGUGACUGGGCAUGAGUGGGGCAUAUAUAUGCUUGUGUAGCUAAUUGCAGAGGGAGGUGGGCACAAGCUUGUGUGACUGGGCAUGAGUGGGGCAUAUACUGUCUUGUGUAGCUAAUUGCAGAGUGAGGUGGGCACAAGCUUGAGACUGGGCAUGAGUGGGGCGUAUACUGGCUUGUGUGACUGGGCAUGAGCUGGGCAUACACUGGCUUGUGUAGCUAAUUGCAGAGUGAAGUGGGCACAAGCUUGUGUAACUGGGCAUGAGUGGGGCGUAUACUGGCUUGUGUGACUGGGCAUAUACUGGCUUGUGUAGCUAAUUGCAGAGGGAGGUGGGCACAAGCUUGUGUGACUGGGCAUGAGUGGGGCGUAUACUGGCUUGUGUAGCUAAUUGCAGAGGUAGGUGGGCACAAGCUUGUGUGACUGGGCAUGAGUGGGGCAUAUACUGGCUUGUGUAGCCAAUUGCAGAGGUAGGUGGGCACAAGCUUGUGUGACUGGGCAUGAGUGGGGCAUAUACUGGCUUGUGUGACUGAGCAUGAGUGGGACAUAUACUGGCUUGUGUAGCUAAUUGCUGAGUGAAGUGGGCACAAGCUUGUGUGACUGGGCAUGAGUGGGGCAUAUACUGGCUUGUGUAGCUAAUUGCAGAGUGAGGUGGGCACAAGCUUGUGUGACUGGGCAUGAGUGGGGCAUAUACUGUCUUGUGUAGCUAAUUGCAGAGGGAGGUGUGCACAAGCUUGUGUGACUGGGCAUGAGCUUGGCAUAUACUGACUUGUGUGACUGGGCAUGAGCUUGGCAUAUACUGGCUUGUGUAGCUAAUUGCAGAGUGAGGUGGGCACAAGCUUGUGUGACUGGGCAUGAGUGGGACAUAUACUGGCUUGUGUAGCUAAUUGCUGAGUGAAGUGGGCACAAGCUUGUGUGUCUGAGCAUGAGUGGGACAUAUACUGGCUUGUUUAGCUAAUUGCAGAGUGAGGUGGGCACAAGCUUGUGUGACUGGGCAUGAGUGGGGCAUAUACUGGCUUGUGUGACUGGGCAUGAGCUGGGCAUACACUGGCUUGUGUAGCUAAUUGCAGAGUGAAGUGGGCACAAGCUUGUGUGACUGAGCAUGAGUGGGGUGUACACUGGCUUGUGUAGCCAAUUGCAGAUUGAGGUGGGCACAAGCUUGUGUGACUGGGCAUGAGUGGGGCAUAUACUGGCUUGUGUGACUGGGCAUGAGCUGGGCAUAUACUGGCUUGUGUAGCUAAUUGCAGAGUGAAGUGGGCACAAGCUUGUGUUACUGGGCAUGAGUGGGGUGUACACUGGCUUGUGUAGCUAAUUGCAGAGUGAGGUGGGCACAAGCUUGUGUGACUGGGCACGAGUGGGGCAUAUACUGGCUUAUGUAGCUAAUUGCAGAGGGAGGUGGGCACAAGCUUGUGUGACUGAGCAUGAGUGGGGCUUAUACUGGCUUGUGUAGCUAAUUGCAGAGUGAAGUGGGCACAAGCUUGUGUUACUGGGCAUGAGUGGGGUGUACACUGGCUUGUGUAGCUAAUUGCUGAGUGAAGUGGGCACAAGCUUGUGUGAUUGGGCAUGAGUGGGGCAUAUACUGGCUUGUGUAGCUAAUUGCAGAGGGAGGUGGGCACAAGCUUGUGUGACUGGGCAUGAGUGGGGCAUAUACUGGCUUGUGUGACUGGGCAUGAGCUGGGCAUACACUGGCUUGUGUAGCUAAUUGCAGAGUGAAGUGGGCACAAGCUUGUGUGACUGAGCAUGAGUGGGGUGUACACUGGCUUGUGUAGCCAAUUGCAGAUUGAGGUGGGCACAAGCUUGUGUGACUGGGCAUGAGUGGGGCAUAUACUGGCUUGUGUGACUGGGCAUGAGCUGGGCAUAUACUGGCUUGUGUAGCUAAUUGCAGAGUGAAGUGGGCACAAGCUUGUGUUACUGGGCAUGAGUGGGGUGUACACUGGCUUGUGUAGCUAAUUGCAGAGUGAGGUGGGCACAAGCUUGUGUGACUGGGCACGAGUGGGGCAUAUACUGGCUUAUGUAGCUAAUUGCAGAGGGAGGUGGGCACAAGCUUGUGUUACUGGGCAUGAGUGGGGUGUACACUGGCUUGUGUAGCUAAUUGCUGAGUGAAGUGGGCACAAGCUUGUGUGAUUGGGCAUGAGUGGGGCAUAUACUGGCUUGUGUAGCUAAUUGCAGAGGGAGGUGGGCACAAGCUUGUGUGACUGGGCAUGAGUGUGACAUAUAUAUGCUUGUGUAGCUUAUUGCAGAGUGAGGUGGGCACAAGCUUGUGUGACUGAGCAUGAGUGGGGCAUAUACUGGCGUGUGUAGCUAAUUGCUGAGUGAAGUGGGCACACACUUGUGGGACUGGGCAUGAGUGGGGCAUAUACUGGCUUGUGUAGCUAAUUGCAGAGGGAGGUGGGCAAAAGCUUAUGUGACUGGGCAUGAUUGGACCGUAUACUGGCUUGUGUAGCUAAUUGCAGAGGGAGGUGGGCACAAGCUUGUGUGACUGCAUGAGUGGCGCGUAUACUGACUUGUGUAGCUAAUUGUAGAGUGAGGUGGGCACAAGCUUGUGUGACUGGGCAUGAGUGUGACACAUAUAUGCUUGUGUAGCUAAUUUACAGAGUGAGGUGGGCACAAGCUUCUGUGACUGGGCAUGAGUGGGGUGUACACUGGCUUGUGUAGCUAAUUACAGAGUGAGGUGGGCACAAGCUUGUGUGAUUGGGCAUGAGUGGGGCAUAUACUGUCUUAGCUAAUUGUAGAGUGAGAUGGGCACAAGCAUUUGUGACUGGGCACGAGUGGGACGUAUAUAGGCUUGUGUAGCUAAUUGCAGAGUGAGAUUGGGCACAAGCUUGUGUGACCGGGCACUGGCUUGAGUGCUGCUGGUUGUAUGACGGGCACUGGCUUGUGUGCUGCUGGUUGUAUGACGGGCACUGGUUUGUGUGCUGCUGGUUGUAUGACGGGCACUGGUUUGUGUGCUGCUGGUUGUAUGACGGGCACUGGCUUGAGUGCUGCUGGUUGUAUGACGGGCACUG